UUAAUAUUUAGAUUUAACUUUACAGCUAGUUAACAUUAACUACAUUUAUCUAAGCAAUUGUUCGAAGAAAUACGCUUCAUUCAAUUCGUGUGAAGAUCAUGAUGUGGAUGAUAGUAUUUACUACUUGGAUUCUUUCUGUUUAUGCUCCAAUUCAAAUUCGCGGUGAAGUCGCAGAUCCAACUGCUUUAGAUAACCAAGUGGAAGAUGGAUUAAAUGAUCAAAUUCUAAAUGAGUAUGAGGCUUUUUAUAUUUAUGACCAUAUCGCAUCUUAUCUAUCUAGACCAGAGGUUGGAUUGUCAGGUUUCGCGAAAUUUUUUCGUGAAAGUGCAAACGAAGAAUUAGAGCAUGCACGUAAAUUCAGUGAAUUUGUCAAUAAACGAAACUCAAAGGUUGUCCUGAAAAAUAUUUUACUUGCAUCUUCAGGUGUACCAAUGGAUUUUAAGAAUAUUCAUGAAGUAAUUGACACAGCAAUUGGAAAAGAACUUGAAGUCACUGCACACAUCAAUGCACUGCAUAAAUUAGCAUCGAAAAUGAAUGAUGCAAUUAUAAUCUGACACAUCAAUUCCCUAUCCAUCUGUCUUUUUAAUUACUCAUCACUUAUUACAAAUAACACCAAACAUUUUCAUUCAGCUAGUUAAUUCCAAACUUAAUCAAUUCCUGCUUUUUGAUCUUACGCAACUACUUGCUGCAAUCAACCAAUUAUGUAAUGUCGUCUUAAAUUCUCACCCGCUAAGUUACUAACUGUUUGCUGUCUUUAGGGAAAAUAUUGAGAUAUAUUGAUUGAUCAAACGCCAUUUAUUGGGUGAACUAAUACUUAAUUAUGAAACCUAUAUAUUAUUGAAUAGCUAUGCCAAGAAACUAAUAUUUCUUCGCUUAACAUUGGGAAUAUUAAAAACACUAACGUAUUCUAUAAUUGAAUAACUAACUAUUAAUUAACUCACUAAGAAGAAUUCGCCUUGGAAAGUUACCAAAUAUCUACAAUUCAUCAGUGUCUAUUUACAUUCGAAUGUCUUAUAAUAAUAACUCCUUCCAAUCAAUCAUAAACAACUUAUAAUCUGAUAUAAACACGCACUAGAGCACGCUGUUAAAUAAAUUUAAUAUGAACUUUUCACCUGUUAAUUUUAAUAAACUAAAUAAACAAAUAUAUAAGAUAUUGAAAAUAAAUCUCAUUUAUUGAUUUUCAAACCAUCAGACCCUAGUUGAACUUUAAUAUCCAUUAAAACAGAGAAACAAUUUGUGUUGUCGUUGACAUUUUAUGGAUCAUUUUAACGAUUUAUAUUUGGAUUUGUUGAAAUUCCUAUUGAAAAUGAGAGUGAUUUUAACCAUCCUAUGAUAACAUGUAUGUAGUUUGAUUUCUCACCAAUUUAUAAGAUAUUGUAUCUUUUCUCUAUUCAACAAAAGUUCAUCAUCAUGACAAAAUUUUUUUUUUAAACAUUAUUGUAAACAAAUUUUUCUCAAAGUAUACAUUUCUAAACCACAUUAUAUGUAUGGAACUCGAAUGUGAUGAGUCAGAAUACACUAGAAGUACUCAAUUUAUUCUACUCAUUCGCCUAAGAUAAAUGCAAGGAUAUUUUUUCUUAAUAACUUUGAGAUGAGACUUAUGGUCAAUUGAAAAAUGGAGAGUAAUAGAGGAAACUGCCACCUAUUUAUAAAUACAAAAUUUAUGGUCUAGUUUGAUGAUUAAUACAUAUAUCAGUUCAAGAAUAGGUAGGAAUAAGGAAUACUGACUAGUGUUUUCAUCAUGAAGUUAAGAGAGAUUUCAGUAUUAUUUAUACACUUAAAUGUAUAAAAAUAUUCAGCCCUGCUUAGUUUUGACCAUAGUGUCCUUGGAGUGAUCAAGUCAAAGAAUUUCUGUCUAAUAUUACCAAAAUCUAAACAGUCCGUGGCAUAAUAACGUUGCUUGUGUUAACUUGUCUUUACUGUUAAGAAUGACUGAUCCCAUGAUGUUACUAAACCAGCUAAGUUAAAGUAACUCACUGCAGCUUAGAAUGACUUAUUUCCUGUGUACAAGUUGUUAAGUAAAUAAUCAAAUAUUACUACAAAUAUUUUGUAUAUUUACAUAGACACAAGACUUUUUGGACGAUUUUCUACAAGAACAGGUGGAUUCUGUUAGUAAACUAAGAGAAAUCCGUGCUCGACUAAAUUUGGAUAAUAGUGCUGUUUACCUGAUGGAUAAAGAAUUUCGUUGAACUGGUAAUCUUUUUGCAACAAUAAUAAUUUCUUUCUUUUCUUCUUCAAAAUCUAUUAUUUAAAACUGAUAAUUAUUUCCUGCAAUUAUAUGCAAAUUGUAGACAACCAUCACCCUUUUUUGUAUAAAAAAGGUUACACUGAUAUUAGACGUGCUUGAUCUGUUUUUUUAUUUGGAUGUGUUGAUAAAAUAUUAUCUCAAGUGAUUUGUUAAUCUGAUUUCCUUCAUAUUCUCUUAACCAUUUAAAUGCAUAUAGUAAUGAUAAAAAAAUUGGUAUUCA